UGGUAAAUAUUUAAAUGUGAAUAGGGUACAGCAAAAGAUUCAGGUCAUAAAGAUAGUUUUGGAUCGCACCUCAUACCAUUAAAUCUGACGAUGGUUGCCGCUCUAUGCUCUAGAAGAAGGCUGCUUUCAGCAGGUCUGGUGUGCGCCGUAGUCAUAGUUAUCCAGUUUGAUACCUCCAGUAGCAAUUAUGGCUUUCAAGACGUCAUCGGUCAGGCAUCAGGGAUGAAAGGGCCACUACUCGGUACAUUAGUAGAUGAUCCCAACGAACACGGGGUCGCUGAAUUAUCGCGAAUACAAGCGGAAAUUGAGGCGCCGAAAAGCGACAACCGUUCCUCACAACCCGCAAAAAUCACUGAGCAGAAGCCAGCAAAGUUGGAGAGCUUGGAGAUUGAUAAAUCCAAGACAGAGAGCACGGCUAGCAUCACCAGCAAGGACUAUGUGAUGCCAGAGCUUGAUUAUGAUGCUCAAAAGUUGCUUGAUCUCUUUGAUGGAGUAUUCGAAGGAGACAAUAACUUCGGAUUAGUCAAACCAGCAAAUUCUGCAAAGUGUGACGUGCAGCUGAGAGUGGACCCCGACAAAACGGACUACAACAUUGAAAUCAAAGUUGGCCAACCAUGCGAAGUGACCGAAGUACUACUUAGGCGCGUGGAUGGACAGGCGAUUAAAGCUGCAACCAUCGGCACAUUGAAGGCCGAUGCGAUGCUUGUACCCGGUACAACAAAUCCAGGAAAAUACGAGAAGACUGAUAGUGUCAGUGGUGAUGUCAAAAAGAGACCGCUCCACUUUAGGUCGAACAAAAAUCUUUCUGCCUACGAGGCCUACGUUGUACUUGACGAUAGUAGCAAUUUCUAUGAGGUCACUUUCCCGGGCUCGUCAAUACGCUUGGCCAAUCCAGAGGAUGCAAAAAUUGUGUAUGAAAACGCACAUCUCGACGUCUCGGAACAAGAUCGAUCAGAAAUACCGAAACGACCAGUUUGCAAGGGAGACAAAUAUGAUGGCUGCCGUCGACACUUAAUUCGCAAUGUACCUAUGGCAUGGGAUUAUGCUGUGUAUCCUCUGGGGAAUUGUAAUGAUCCGUUACAAGGCGAUGAAUUCGAGUAUACAGCUUACGAUGGGAGCAGGGAUCUCUUCAUAGUGAAAGCUCAUCCAGAGGCAAUCAUGCAUUUCGGCACGAAGGCCAUACACUCAAGCUAUUUCAAAGCCCGGCUGAAUGACUUGACGACAAGCGGGACAGUAAAGUCAACCAGAAAGGGUGCUCCAUCUAUGGGUUACAAGUGGGACAGCGAUUUGGAUGGAUUUGUUAUAUCUGUUGAGCACACUGUUCCGGGAAAUUUCAAGUUAGAGGUCGAGCUCGAAUGGUACUAUGGUCUGAAUGAGAUCGGCAACAGCCAAGUGCCUUGGAAUAUGGGUCGCUACGAUGGUUUUGGAUACUCAGUCUGCCAACGAUCUAGGGCUCGCGUCGGACUCCUCGAGCCCACAGCUGAGAUUGUAAUCAAAGGUGACAAGAAGUAUGCGACUAGAAAAUGUGGACGAGAAGAUGGCCCUGACUUUAUAGGGCACUGGCUAACUAAGAAAGAAAAAGGCUGUGAUGAGGAGUGUACGGGUAUAGGUGCUCUUACAGAUGACUACCUCUCACUUCAUAAUGAUGGUAGCGGACGAAGUGUGAUGUUUGUCCCAGAUAACUGUCGACCGCACAUCUACACAGACAAAAAUAUCCUACAAUGCGCAAGAGAGAAGAAAAUAUCAUGGUUGGCAGUGAUGGGAGACAGUACCAUACGCGAGGUAGCGUCCAUGCUUCUAACCAAGUUCCCCCCCCAUGAUAGUGCGGGAAAAUUCAGCACUGUGAAAAUGCCUGUAUUCUACGACGAGACCAAUAAAAACCUCGGAUCCUUCACGAUUGCGUUUGAAGCGCCGAGUUCUUUCAUCGAUAUGUGCAACGAUGGAAUGGAUAAUAUCGAAAAGGAAUUUAUUCGAAAUUUUCCGAAAGAAGCAAAGCUGAUGGAUGAUCGAUUCAAUCUCAGAUUAACGAACGAGAGUGAAGCCAGGCCCGAAAUUUUUAUCACGAACAGCGCAGUCGCUUACUCUGCCUGGAAACUUCGGUUUCCCGAAUAUAUCAAAUUUAUGUAUAACAUUGCGAACUACUUCAAGGAAGCAUUUCAGGCGGAACGCGAAGGACUACCCCCGCUCAGGAUAAUUUGGUUUAUUGCUGUCGAACAUCCAGAUCGUGCUCAUCCUGGUACGAUAAACGUUAAUUCUCAACGUAUUCGAUGGCAGAAUGAGGUUGCCGUUCAUAUACUGAAGGAAGUGCUUGGAGAGCGAAUUGAAUUUUUCAAUGGCUUCCACGUUCUGGAAGGUGAAUGGAAAUAUACCUGGGACGGUCUACAUGCACUGAGGACGGGUACUUCUCAGUGGCAUGGUAUAGAAGCGAACGUCGUGAUACAGAUGUUAUUGAACAUGGUUUUCGACGAUUGCAAAGGCACAGAUGAAGGUGAGGGCUAGACCCGGUGACGAUUGGCUGAUCUCGCUGUAAAUUUCGAAGCUGGGUCGAUCUUGUGAGAUCCUUCACGGUUGCGUGGCAGAUACUAUUCAUGCAUAUCGUAAUAAACUAGACUAGGAAUCAUAGCCUAGAUAUCUUGCGCCAUGGCUGGUCUCAAG